UCGUCGGCGAACGCGAGAGAUAAAACACGCGCCGCGAGCCGCGAGUGGUUCGCGUCUCGCUUAUCGACGCGAUAUCCGCGUCGUGUGGGCGUACAUCGUGCGUCGCGAAUCGCGGAACUGACGACGCGCAUUUGUGCACACGCGCCUGUCCAUCCGUCCAUCUGUCACGCAGACACGCACUUUACAUGCUGAUACCGACGCGCGCGGCGCCUCGUCCCCCGGAUCAGAACGCGAUGCAGAGAGACCCGAUCUGGAGCAGCAGUAACGAUAUAUUCGGAGGUGCCCUGACGACGCAACCUGGACAGAAAAGGAAACCGCCUCCUCGACCACCGCCUCCGAAGUUCAACUAUAACCACACGCAAUAUCAAAGGGACCAGAAACCGAGAAGACCGGCAAGGCCAACAGAGCUGUUGACUAAUUUUUUUGGACGAAAGAAACCAGAGAAUCCUCUACCAUCGCGUUCCACCGGCCAAAUACAAAAUCCGAUGACGCAGCCCUCGAAUUCUGCCACGACGGUAUCCUUGAUAGAUCUCAGUCCGCCUGAGUCGCCGACAUUCACGACUCGCUCCAGUGACGGUGUCAGCGUCGACAGUUUUGGCAGUGACGGAAACUCCAAUCCAUCUGUAUUCACGAGCAGCGGGAACACAUCGCAAACGGAAAGUGCCUUCGAGGAUGAUUUUGAUUUUUUCGGCAUGUCUGCCAGGAAGAUGACGCAAAUCGAUCCGUGGCAGACUAAGACGACGGUGCAAGAUCCGUUCGGCCCUCUGGAGGACACGUCCUCGAACGUGUCUCAGACUGCUGGCGGGACGUCACUCUUUCCUUUUAGUUCCAAGAAUCGCGUAGCGAACCAAGUGCCUUCCAAUCCGAUCGCUUCUAAACCUCUCGUCACGUCGAUGCCCACGAUAAUCCGAGCGAGGCCACCUAAACCUCCGGCGCCAAAGAUACCGUUUAAGAAACUCGAACCGAUACCUAAGGAAACGUGUACCGACUUCGCAGUCUCGAGCGGCAGCGGGACGAAUAAACCGUUGACGUUGCGUUUCUCUAACGCAUGGCCCAAUGACGGUGAAGAAAGCGACAGUCCAUCGCCCCCCAUGCCGACGAUUCCACCGCCGGCCCUACCCGCGAAUUAUUUGGCAGAAUUUAGCAGCAAUUUUGAAGGAGAUUUCAAUGAACCUCACGGUAUUGCGCUGUAUGAUUUUUCGGCAACACAUCCGGACGACUUAGCUUUAAAGGAGGGCGACGUCGUGCAAUUGGUGAAAAAGGUCAACGACGACUGGUUGGAGGGAAGAAUAGGAAAUCGUCAAGGGAUGUUUCCGCUUAGCUUCAUUGAUAUUAAAGUACCUCUGCCAGGUUUAUCAGACAACGUGGUCACGGCGCUUUACGCUUUUCCAGGAGAGAACAGCGAUGAUUUGUCGUUUGAGGAGGGCGCAAAAAUUACAGUCAUAUCAAGGAUAUCGGAAGAUUGGUUGUACGGUGAGUACAACGGUAGGAAGGGACAAUUUCCAGUAAACUAUGUAAAUAGACUUCCGCGUAAUAUUUAAACGUUUUUUCAAUAAAUGUUUUGUAUCCAGUGUA